ACCCGAUAAAGGCACAGUUGACAGUUUCGCAACACACAAAUCACAACUGAGAUAAAAAAAUACGUAUUUUGAAAAAUACAACAAAAUGUUCUCGCAAUAUAUUUCCAGUGUUUUGCUCGCAUUUGCAGUACUCGUCGCAUCCGCACAGGCUGCUACUGUAACCGCAAAGUCAUAUGUGGUUACUGUACAAGGCUCCGAUGGAAACGUUAUCUGCAAUGGUGCUUUGAUCAAUAAGAAUACAGUUGUGACUGCAGCAACUUGUUUGGCUUUCUACGAUCCCGACCAAUUGGUGGUUGGAGUCGAGGGUCAAAUCGUCAAAAUUAAAUCGCACACUUUUGAUUCCAGCUUCGAUUUCGUAACAAUGGAAAAUGAUGUAGCUGUUCUGAAGUUGGCCCAAUCUGUAGAAGGAAAAUACAUAUCACUGGCUAGCCAAGCACCAAACACUGGCGCAAGUGGUGUUGUAUCAAGCGUAAAUGCCAAUCUUCCAGUAAGCAUCGUAGGCACAAGUGAUUGUGCGUCUGGCGACUAUUCAUGGAGUGAAGAUGAAGUUUUCGCUUCCAUGCUGUGCGGUUAUGCUAGUGACAACAAAUCUUGCGUUGGCCGUAAUGGAAGUCCAGUCGUGGUUAGCAACAAACUGGUUGGUUUAGUUUCCUGGGGUGGUUGUGGCAGCAAAAGCAAACCAGCCGUUUUCACCAACGUUGUAGCACUCGCAUCUUGGAUUAAGCAAAACGCUUAAACUUGAAUUUUUUAUGUUAGACUAUUUACUAAUAUAAAACAUUGAUUUCAAAAAAUA